UUUGAUUAGGAGCCUUUCCAUGGUCCUCGUUUUCAUCAUCUGGCUUGACCCCUGAGCACCUACAGCCGGAGCAGAUCCCUGUCUUGGCGGUGCCGGUCUAGAGAGCGCGGCCUGCCAUCUCGUCAAUAGGGUACUGACAAUGGGAAUUAAAGGUCUCCAUGUUCUCCUCAAAUCAAUCCAGAAACCAUGUCACCUGAAAAAUUAUAGUGGGCAGACCUUGGGAGUCGAUGCCUACGGAUGGCUACAUCGUGGUACGGUCGCAUGUGCCGUGGAUUUGGUCCUGGACAAGCCCACAAGGAAACACAUUGACUUUGUUCUUAAUCGAGUUCGCAUGCUUAUCUACUUUGGAGUUACGCCAUACCUUGUGUUCGACGGUGACAAUCUUCCUAGCAAAGCUGGCACUGAAGAUCGACGCCAGAAAAGGCGACAUGACGGCAAGUCACUUGGGAUGGAAUUGCUCCGGAAGGGCCGCACGAAGGAAGCCUACCAGGAACUACAGAAGGCGGUCGACGUGACUCCUCUAAUGGCGCGUGAGUUGAUUGAAGAACUGAAGCAAAUGAAUGUGCAGUAUGUGGUGGCUCCAUACGAGGCCGAUGCACAAUUGGUAUACUUGGAGCAGCAGGGUAUCAUUCAUGGCAUCAUCUCAGAGGACUCCGACUUGCUUGUGUUUGGCGCCAAACGCCUGCUGUCCAAGCUUGAUCAACAUGGUGACUGCAUCGAGAUCAAUCGCGCGGACUUCGGGGCUUGUCGGGACGUCAGCCUAAUAGGAUGGUCGGAUGAUGACUUUCGACGCAUGUGCAUUCUCGCCGGCUGCGACUAUCUGGCUAAUAUCCCACGUAUGGGUCUGAAGACGGCCCAUCAGAGCAUACGGAAAUACAAAAAUGUUGAGAAAGCCGUGCGGAUGCUCCAGUUUGACGGCCAGUAUCACGUUCCUGCGGACUACUUGAAGAGUUUCAAAGAAGCGGAGCUUACUUUCCUCUAUCAGCGAGUCUAUUGCCCCAAGGCCGAAAAGCUGGUUACGCUCACAGUGCCUGAAAGUGAUGUUAACCUAGAAGAAUUGACUUUCAUCGGCGGUGAUGUGGAGCCAGAGGUUGCGGUGGGAGUGGCUCGGGGGGACCUGGAUCCAGCAACCAAGCAACCUCUGGUAUUGAAGCCGCCAGCUGCAGCGAAGUUUACCGAGAAACGACUCACAAACACCUUGCAACGUCGACAAACACUCGGAUCAGCGGCUGAAUUGAAGCCCAACAAACCCAUCAAUUCUUUCUUCACCCCAAGACGUACGCCGUUAGCUGAGCUCGAUCCGAAUAGCCUCACGCCGUCCCCAAGCCAGCAACGGCUCCUAGAGCGUCAUGCUAAUACUUCCUGGGAGAGUAGUUCCGUUCCCACGCAGCCAACUUUGAUGAGGUCGUCCUCCUCUGCUACCUUGUCGAGCAGAUUCUCUAGUCCCUUGGUGAGAAGUGUCGAGCGGGACUCUUUUAAUCCUCACGCCUUGAGGCUGUCUGCUCUGCAACCGUCUAAGCGACAGCGCCUCUGUUCAGAUAUAGACGAGGGACAGUUGCCAAGCGCAUCUACUUGUCGCAGUCGAUUCUUCACAAACAGUACUGAUGAGUCUAGCCCGAGCGGACUCAAGAUUGAUCGAACUAAGAAGGCUCGGAAACACUCUCUGGACGUCUUCUCGGAUGAUUCCGUAGAGGAUAUGAUGUCUCAGAUUCCGGAUCCUGCCGAGACACCUGCGAAAGAUAGGAGCGAUGAGCAUCAAGACGCUGGGCCAAGUCAACCCCUCGACGCAUCAAAUGUGCCCCCGCAAUCCACGAAAGCUGAUGCCAAGGACCACCUCGAUCAGGGGUUGGGGCAGAGGCAGGAAGUGCCAUCGGAUUCCGAAGGCAACUCCAAGGCUAUCAGUCUGGAGUCUAACCCGGCCGAGUUUCAGAAAGUUCUCGACUAUCACAUCGAGAAGCAAAACUCAGGGCUGCUUUCGAGGUUUGCAUUCCAGCGGAGAGACCGCAGCAUUCGCUCGCAGACUGUCACUCGGACAGAACUCAAUGCACGGCCCAUGCCAACUAUCUCCUUCUCAAAAGCGAAAUCACCAAUGGAUCUGAGAACCGGUAGUCCACGGACGCCGCCUAGACGUGGCCGGACAACACCCUUGCAACGACUGGGGCAAAGUGCCCUGGCUAGGUCCCGAUCUCUCAACCAUCUUUCGUCCUCUCUCGCCGCAUUUCGGGCAUCAAAAGUCUCCCUUACUCCAGCUGAGCCCAACAACAGCAGUCUAGGUAGCACCCAGAAUGUUCUGCCAACCUGUCAUGGGAGUGAGGACAUGAUCAUUCCGGAUAGUGAAGACGAUGAAGAAGAUGAUUUGGAAGAACCCAACAGUGAUGCGAAUGGAGGCUUGCAGGCCCCAGUCGUUAUUGACCUCAAGCGAUUCUCCUUUGUAGGUUGAGACAAACUCUUGGAGUGCUUGGGGGCAGUCGACUUAUCUUUAUCAUUACAGGAGUUCUUGGGAGUAUUGUUAGUUUUGUGUAUCAUGGCAUUGGGUGGGUGAUUGACAUACAGUACAGUACAUUACAUGACGGAGAGGUGUUUGGACGUAUAAAUAAUAGGAUCUACAUGGGAUUAACCAU